AUGGCCGGGCUGCCCCAUGGGAUUAUCAAGGAAACCCAGCGUUUGCUGGUUGGACCAGUUCCCAGCAUCAAAGCAGAACCAGAUGAGAGCAACACCUAUUAUUUUCAUGUGGUCCUUGCUGGCCCCCAGGGUUCCCCCUUUGAGGUGGGGACUUUUAAACUUGAACUCUUCCUUCCAGAUGAAUACCCAGUGGCAGCCCCUAAAGUAUGUUUCAUGACCAGAAUUUGUCAUCCUAAUGUAGACAAGUUGGGAAGAAUAUGUUUAGAUAUUUUGAGCGGUCCCCAGCACUGCAGAUCUGGCACAGUUCUGCUAUUGAUCAAGCCUUUGUUAAGCGCUCCCAAUCCGGAUGAUCCAUUAGCAAAUGAUGUGUCGCAGCAGUGGAAGACCAACAAAGCCCAAGCCACAGAAACACCUAGAGCAUGGACUAGGCCAUAUGCCACGAAUAAUAUUUAA